AUGAGAGUCACAACACCAAUCACUGUGGGCGCCUGCAUUGGAAUUCGAGAAACACUUGCUGCUAAUCGGCCUGGUGCUACCAAUCAUGAUCAUUAUCCAUUUAAUCAAUAUGCAGGAAAAAAUUUUUUCGACGGUACAAAUUACCGCGUAGCAAUUGAUCGUCUUGACGGUGGUUACCAAGCUGCUAUGGACUUCAUUGAGUGGAUGCAAGAUUAUUGUGAUUAUGAACGUGAACAAGCUCGUAGUCUCUGUUCAUUCACUGACAAAUGGAUUACACGACUAAACCAACAAUCACCACUUGUAUCCUAUCAUACAACAAAACGUGCUCAACUUGAUGUUGUUCGUAUACCUAAGCAACUUGCAGAAUUAAAAGAAUCGAACUGUGACGAAAUACAAAAAGUUAUUGACAGAUAUCGCAAUCGUGUCAAUGACAUAUACAUCAAUGAACGUUUUCGUCCUAGCCGUAAACAUCGUCGGACCAGCGAAUUUAAAAAAUUGUUUAAAACUGCACAUGCAUCUUUAAGUGCAGUAGCCAAUCAACUGGAAACAUUGCGUUCUCUCCAGAAGAAAGCUCGUGAAGCUCUUCGUACAGCGGAGAGUGCCUGUGAAAUUCUUCAUUUAGACCCAACAGCAACAGAUAAACAAUUGGCUCGUGCGGAUGAUGUCAAAGAAAGAAAACGCGAGGCUUUAGAUGAUAUCGACGAAAAAAUUGCGGACAUGAAAGUUAAACAUAAAAGUGCACAAAAAGUUUAUCGCAAACGAGCAACGGAAAUUUUCAGACAAUGUGAAAGCGUCGAAGAAGAACGCUUAGAUCAUAUUCGUGAAACACUGCUAGAUUUUCUUGAAACUAUGGAUACGUCGAAAUAUGCAAGAAAGGUAGAACAAAUUUUCACGGAUAUAAAAGAUAAAGUUACAAAAGAACAGAAUUCCUUUGAUGAUCGUGUAUUUUGGGCUAAAUCGUAUGGUAUCGAAAAUAAACUAACAAAAUCGCUAACAUUAGCAUCGAAUGGUGAUGAUGCUGAAAAUGACAGUAUAAUAAUAGAAUCCCGAACAAAUAAAAAGAAGAUUGACCAUGAAACUGAAAAAAAAGAUAGACGCCAAUCAAUUGUAGAAAGGGUAGCAGAUGACGAAGAAGCAUCUGCAGCUAUUAACUCUACAACUCCAGCUAAAACCAAAGUAAAACGUACGAAAAGCAUAACAAACACUGACAAAAAGACUAUAACUGAACCGUCCACAAUAAACAAUACAGUGCUCAAUCAAGUAUAA